UACAAAUUGUACCAAUAUUUGGAGACCAAUAUCCAGAGUUAGAGUGGAAACACAUAUUUAUGGCUUUUCGCUUCAAUAUUUUGACUAGAAAUACUCAACCUAUCUUAUAGGCUGGGUUUGACCCCAGGACUAUAUAAAAACAGUUUUACAUUGAAAAUAAUAAUUCUCAUUUCUUUUCAGCUUGGGUGCUUGGCUGGUGGAUGUGCAAAACUGUUCCUUAUAUACAAGGCGUUUCCGUUGCAGCAUCUGUUUACAGUCUCAUAGCAGUUUCUUUGGAUAGAUUUCUGGCGAUAUGGUGGCCAAUGAAAUGUCAGAUAACCAAACGAAGAGCUCGCUUCAUGAUCCUCCUCAUCUGGUUUAUAGCCCUCACAACCACCAUCCCCUGGGCUAUUUUCUUCGAUCUUGUGGUGAUCUUCAGCGACGCCCCGGAUGUCCAACUCUGCAUCGAAGUGUGGCCAGACUCAAUGGAUGGAGCGUUAUAUUUUCUAGUAGCCAACAUGAUGUUCUGUUAUAUUUUACCAAUGAUUUUGAUCACUAUGUGUUACGUUUUGAUUUGGAUCAAAGUAUGGAAGAGGGAUAUACCAACAGAUACCAAAGAUGCUCAAAUGGAGAGAAUGCAACAAAAAUCUAAAGUGAAAGUUGUCAAAAUGUUGGUUGUAGUUGUUAUAUUAUUCGUUGUGUCGUGGUUACCCUUGUAUGUUAUUUUUGCAAGGAUUAAGUUAGGUGGGGAUAUCGAACCAUGGGAAGAAGAAAUUUUACCUAUUGCCACCCCAAUAGCACAAUGGUUAGGAGCGUCCAAUUCAUGCAUUAAUCCAAUUUUAUAUGCCUUCUUCAACAAGAAAUACAGACGCGGGUUCAUUGCAAUAAUUAAAAGUAGGAAAUGUUGCGGUAGAUUGAGAUAUUAUGAAACUGUAGCCAUGAUGUCUUCGUCGACGUCUAUGAGAAAAUCAUCUCAUUUUUAUAAUAAUAACUCAACCAAACGAAUUCAAAUGAACGAAAAUAACGCAGUAGCUUAUAUUUUCAAUGACACAGGGGUUUAAAGUCCUGGAAAUGGACACCUCUGAGGUGGAUGGUUCAAUUGUCGACAAUUUAUUGUCAUUGUCUACUCGAUUUUAUUCGAGAUUGGAAGAUUCAGUGUUUGUCUAAACUGACAAGAUAGUCAGUAUUUUUAAGUGUAUGUAGAUAGAUUGACAAAAUUAAGGUGAAAUGAUUUGUAUUGGAGAUUGCACAAUAUUUUCUUAUGGGACUAAAAGGCAGAAUUGUAGAUGAAUAGAAAUCGAGAAUAUCCUAUAAUGUAGAUAUAAGUUCAAAUUACGUUUCAUUAUCCAUUAGUGAAAACUUGUUCUAGGUAUUUUCAAUUGCAUAUACAUGUAAAUGUGCUUAUGCAACUUAUUUGUAUAAUAAGAGUUAAUUGUUUAAGUUAGUUUGGAUGUGUAACUUUUAAGGUUCCUGGGCGAAAAUCAAUAGUUCAGUACAUCAAUAAAAACUGAAUAUAUUGAUGAAUUUUAUGCAUAAGAGACUCGACCGAAAUCUUAUAUAUUUUUUCAUAAUUUUCCAGUUCGUUUGCGAAUUUUUUUUUCACUCAUAAUAAUUAAUCUGCAAUAGAAUAUUGAACACUACUGAUUACCAAUUCAUCCAUAUUAAUAUUACUACAUACUGCUUUUUUCCAAAAGUAAAUUUUAUAUUCACAUAAAAAUUGAAACCUCAGCAUAAUUAUAUAAAUAUUUUCGGAUAAAUAAACGAUUUUGUUUCCUCAAACAUUAAACAUAGUUUAUCAGAAAUAGAUUCAUCUAAUGCUAAGCAAGGGACACAUCUAAUACUUUCUAUAUCAUGACUGAUUAAAUAAAUACAGGGUCCCCAUUGAGUAAUAAAAAUAUAAUUUUAUUUUGCAAGUGCUGUAUACUUAUGUUCGAAAUUAAGUCAUCGAAUAAUUCAGAAAUAUCUUAUAAGCUCUAUUGAUUGAUUCUCCAUUUCAAAUGAAAUAUUAAUUUUUUUUUUGAGGACAUAAUUUUUAAUCAACUUAAUUCAUUUUCAAACUGACUAAACAAAAAAAAACAUUUUUUCCGAAUGAGGGGCACUCAAUGUUCGUUUAUUAUUGAUUUGUUUCAUCUCAAAUUUGUAUGUUGGAUAUAGAAAAUAUAAAUUCAAAUGGUUGUAGGCAUUAUUACAAGUGAAGUGGAGAACCUCUCUGGAGAGCAAUAAAAAUUGAUAAUUUCAAGUUUAUCAUUCGGUUCUGGCAUAAAAAACAAUUCGUUUCAACCCUAUCAAAGAAAACUAAAUAGAUUCCAAUCUUAAUUAUAUUAAAAAAAAUAUUUCUCGUAACUACCUAUCGAUAAUUCACGCAAGUAUAUUGAAUAAUAUAUUUUUGAAAUCAAUUAAAAAAUCAUUUAACCAACAAUAAGUUCAAAUAAGAGUAAGAAAACAACAUGUGUAACAUGAAAGCGCUUACAAAACUUCGUAGUAGGUUUGUUAUACAUACUGCCCUUAGACAAAUAUUACUGAUUGUAUGUAUUAGGUACUAGAACAAUAAUGAAUAUAAUUUUAUUUGUAACUUGAGUAACCUGUUAAUAUUUAACAAGGUUUAUGGGAGAUGUCGUUUCGUUGAAAUUUAAUCUGUAACCCGACGCAUGAAUUGUGAAAAUGAAGGGAGAUUUCAACUUGGAAAUGUUGAGAAUGAAAUAUUUUUUCCGAAAAACUAUUCGUAUAAAAGACAAAAAUUAAUUCAAGAAGACAGUACAAAUUGAAUUUGUAUAUUUUGUGUUAUUACAUUUCAUGAACUAUUUAAAGCACUUUUUUUGUUUUCGUAGGAAAAAUAUAAUACCUACUUAGAUAUUUACUCAUGGUACACAAGCAGCAAGGAUGAUAUUCCAACAUCAUGAAUUUCAUUAGGAAAAAAGAGCUUAUAGCAUCCGCUUUCAAGUAACUAUUCAGCCUGUGUUUUUGUUUUAUUUCCUCCAGCAUAAAUAAAAUAGCUUUUCGUCGAGAAAUUGAAAUUCAUGGUGAGGUCUGCAGUUUUCAAUGAAAAAAUAAUAUUUGAUUUAUUAUCUACUAAGAACAGACUUCACAGUCUGAAUGUCUACUUUUCCGAUUCUAAUUUCAAAUAAGAGAAAAUUAAAGCAUAUUAUAAUAUUCAUUCCAGACCAAAAUCAUCGUACAUAUUUUGAAAUAAUAUUAUCAUUUUUAUCAUAAACCGAAUAUGAUCUAUAGAGGUAAAUAUCCAUUUCGAAUCUUCUGCUGUGGUUUCUAGACUGAAUAUGUUUGAAUUGAAUCAAUCGUCCAUUUAUUCAGAAUGAAGACAUGUAGGAUGUGUAUUUCUGAAUAAUCCAUUUAUUAGGUAUUAGCAAUUCUUCAUUUUUUGUGGUAGAAAGAAAAUCGCAGAGCAAAUUCGAUUCGUUAAUGAGGUAUUCUUCUCAAUAUUCGUUUGGUAAAAUUGCAUGCUUGAUGAAAAUAAAUAUGAACUUAAACAGCACAUAAUCGCUAAAUGAUUAUCACCAAAUCCUGAUAGAUUUUAGAUUGAACUAAAGAACUAUUCAACUUUCUAUUUUUUCAUCGAAUAUUACCUGUAGACUACCCUAUAUGCAUUGUUGAAGUAUUGUGAUAUAAGUGAUAAUAUAACGUACCUAUAUCAUUUGUAAU